AUGAAUGUCGAACAUCUUUUGUUAGAUUCAUCGAGUAUGCAGGUGGGAGGAGGAUGGAACAUCAUGACCAAGCUAGAGUCCAUUGAUUCCAGCAGGUGCAAAUGCGUCAAAUUGCCUCUUUCCAAUCAGAUCAAAACUCCUCCAUCGAUAACUGUUUCUGGACACAGACACUUUUCUCGUUUUCCUUUUUAGUGAGAUGGAAAUUCUUUAAAAUGCUGUCCCAACCAAACCACACAAUUUGGUGCGAAGCGAAGACAACGUGCUGUAGAACUUGGAGAGCCCCACCUGAAGGGGCACGAAAGUCUCCUGUGUACAGUUGCCGAGGAAGAAAAAAUUGGCGAAAAGCGACGGUCAAGUCCCUCUAGUCAUCGCUGAUGUUCAAUUGCGCUUCAAGGAUGCAGCAGAGGCUAGGGAUUCGUAUACAUAAGGCGUUGGCUUGUUUGGUCUCAAUGGUUAUGUAGCGAUACUGCAGCUAUGCUUUACGACUGGUGCAUUCAACCCACCGACUCAAUCAGUUGAACACAAGGUCGGUUGCUCCCCAAAACAUGCUUCAAUUGAGGGAUCGGUAUCCACAAUGGCUAUUACAGCUGCGAUGCAGUUCUAAUUAGAGCCGAGUCAUUCACAAGCUCACGAACAUCCCAAAUUCAGCCUGUCUAGAACCAGAUUAUCAACUAGAUUGUCAAGCCAUUUUCGGAAACCCUUGGUCGUCGUCCGCGGGCACAUUGUGACCGGAAGCUUCAGGUGAAGGGCCAUUUUGCUCUUGCCCUGUGAGACUCUGCAAGAAUUUUGGGUGAUUAGUGAAGGGUUUGCCGUCGGAGAGCUUGCUCAGGGAAAAUCCUCAGCAACUAGCGGCCUUGCUGCAACACUCUUCAACGGUUGAAUGGUUGCUUCUUGCACAGGAACUUUUCAGAGACAGGUUUGAAUGUCCUUGGGAAUUUGUGGUAUCAUGUAGUAGCUCGCACAAAAAUUUGAGGAAAAUGUUGGAUUGGUUCAAAUAAUAGCAGGUAGCUCCAUUCCAGCAGGACCCAUUUAUGGUGGAUAAGAAUUAGCAUUCAAGGAGAAAGGGUUGAGCUUGCAAAAUUGUUUUCCAUGGAUAAUGUCUACACCGAAAAGACUUUGCAGAGGCAAGGCUCAAAGCUGUCGAAACCUCGGCCCACGCCAAGAGUGAAGCUGUGGACCAGGUUGUCGCCCCUGCAUUUGUUCCGGCUGUUCCGUGACACUUAUGUAAGAGGAUGUGUGACCUUUGGAAAUAGUUCCAAGGUUAAUGCAAUUGCUCAUGCAUCUCCUUUUCAGAUAAUUUGCGACGACAACACCUUCAGCAGAUCAAAUUCACGGCACGUCGAUAACAUGGCCACUGCGCAGGAGCUUCUUGACUUUUCCAGCAAGUUCAGUCGCCAAGGAUCGUCUCAAGGAUCUCUUGACCUGUCUGGUCAUUUCAGUCGCCAGGUCUCAAAGCAGGAAGCGAUCCAAGCAGCCCGUGACCCUCGCUCGGCAAUGAUCAUUACUGGCUACCAUGGUUUGACAAUGGAGGAUUUACAAGGCUACUCUGGCUCUCUCUGCAAGACGGGUGCCUCGGGAUUGAGCUUGAUUGAGAUACAAGGCUACUCCGGCCCCCUACGCACCCGCCCGAGCUUCGACACGGUGCCUGAGAGCGAGCAAUUCAAAGAUACCAGGAGCUCCAAACUAGCGCUGGAGAACCUGUUCCAAACCUCCGCGCUUCACCCCACGGAAUUCCUCCAUUCCUCGUCACGAAGAGUUGAGGGGAUCGAGCUUUACAAACACGGUCACCUUUCUCCGGGGCACACGACCCUCACGAGAGGAGGCAGUGAGAGGCCAGUGCGCCGACCUCACCCUGGACGCCACCUCGCCUCCGCCUCUGUUUCCCGCAUCAGCAACGCGUCCUCCAAGCCCUUGAGCCCCAUCACCGACUUGAACUCCUUCCGGGAGCAACCCGACGGAAGAAAGUCGUAUGAUCUACCACGCGCGUCAUCGCGGCGGCGAGAACGGUUCGGGAGCACGAACUCAUCAGGAAGCUUGAUCAGACCCGUGGACUAUGUUGUCGACUUCCCUCGAUCCCGAUCGAAGAACGCCGCCAACAGGCCGAAUCCUUACCGAGAAUACGACACCAGAGUUCCAUCUCCAACCACGACGGUGUAGAUCACUACAAAACCAAGCUUUAACCAUAUUCCUACGCACAACAUUCGUCGCAAUCCCCUUCAAGCAAUGCCAACGCCACAAUCCGCGUCUUCAGGUAUCGUCAGCAAAAAUUACUGCGACGGCAUUGCUGCUGAACCUCCGCUGCAAGCUUCAAAUCACAACAACCAUAGAGCUGCAAGCCCUGGAGCAAAUCAGACCCAACGCAGGGAAGUGGUAAUAUUGAGGCUAUGAUUACGCAUUCUCAUGAGACCCCAGUACAUGUAGGUUGAUCUCGUAUACAAACCAGUGGAGUAAUCUUCCACCUCCUGUAGCUUCUAUAAACUUCCUCGCAGGAGAAGAAGGGGCCGUAGGAGCUGGAAACACACUGCCCACUGCAUCGAUGUCGGAGCAUCGUUGUUGUGUUUUUUUACAGCCGAAGAGCACAAUCGCUGACAAAAUCCUGUUCAGGUCCCAUUGCGAGUCUACCCGAUCGUUCAUUUAUGAACCGAUUGUUUGACUGUGAACAUGUCUAUGUGAUUGUUUGUUUGUUCGAUUGAAUUUAAUGUGCAUGAUUCGACGAGAAAUUGUGUGUA